CGGCAGCGUAACAACUCAUUAGUUCAUGCUCGUGGAAUGAUGAGAUGGACAACAUUAGCCGAUGCAUACCACUUUACUUGUUUUUAUGAAGAUAGAUUUGCAGGGUUACAGUAUAAUAUAACUCCCAGGUGGAUAAACUUGGAUUAACCAACCGCACUGCAGAACACAAAUCAUAUAAAUCGCACACAGGAAAAACAUCCAGCCCGCACACUUCUUUCCCGCACUACACUACCCAUAAUGCAUUUUACUCUGGACUUCAAUACCCAGAGAUAGUAGCCUUAAAGAAACAGCUCUUAUUUUCCCUCUAAUGCAACACUAUCUUAAUUUUCGUCGCAAUCUUCGCUUUCUGGCUUUGAUUCGGCAUCUUGCAGCGGCGUCUCGAGCUCGUAUCUCAAGUUUUUGCUCGCGUAUUAAAGCAAAAAAUCGACCGAGUGACUGCUCAUAUCUCAAAAAACUCGUAUGUUAGGGCACUCGUAUGUCGAGGUACCACUGUAUACACAUAUACAUAUCUAUCUUACUUUACCCUGACAUCACCCUGCGAGGCCACAUUUAUAUUCCCUGAUAUCCUUACUAACGCCACAUUUUUGUCACUGCACAGGCAUCACAGGCUUCAUAUACUCCCUUGUUAUUCCUCGCCUGCUCCCUCAAUAGAGUAUUUCCUCUGAAAUAGAGUGGGUAAAUAGCUUCAAAUAGCACAUGCUGAAAUUGGGGGAAUGUAGGAACGUAAGAUGGGUAAUUGCAAUAACAGUGACAUUUUUGUUGCUGAUUUGAAUCUGCAAAAAGGGGGGGAAUUUAGGAUUAAAAGUAGCUUAUUUAUGCUUAAGUAAACAUAACCCAUAGGAAAGUCUAUGGCAUGCCAGCGGAUACACUGGGAUGAGUAGAGCAAAGGUAGAGUUUAUUGCGGGUUUGUCGCAAUAACCUCUACCCAACAAAUGCCAAAAUCAAUCUAAAAGCUUUGCUUUAAUUUCACAACAUAUUGCAUUGCAAGCAAACACAAAAUACAGGACACUUUUAGGGGUUGAAAAUGCUGUAGUUCUGAAUAAUAAAACACCAAAAAAAAUUUUUUUUUAAUUCACUUUGCAGUUAAGUUGUAGAGAGCACAUACUUUCUUGGAACUGUCGCUCCACAUCUUUCCUGAGAUUCCUCUCUCGAGCAAGGGCCUCCAUACUGCCCCAAACGUCCAGAGCCCUACAACCACAAAACAACCAAGAAGAAAUUAAUCACUACACAAUGCAGAGAAAGAAAUAUGAAUAAGAAGUUAUAAAGUAAAUACUUGGCCUCCACGUCUGAACGUAAAAAGACUGUGAAUGCCUCCGUGUCAUCAUGAUGACUCUGUCUACGAAUCUUCCUCAGUUGCUUUAGGUCACUAAAAUACGCAAAUAUAAAACAUACACACGUAGAGUCAUCAGGACAACCAGCAUGUAACCAUAGAAUGGAUAAUACAAAUAAGCAUAUAUUAUUAGCAUCUUUACAAAUUAAACAAGGCUGAGAUGAAGGAUGUUGUUUCAAAUGUAGCCAGGCAAGUGCCUACCAGUAGGGGUGUGGUUGGCUAAUUAUUCCAAGACUUUUUAAGCAGGCACCGGGCAAAAGGCCUCGAAAUGUGGGCUUUGAUUUAAAAGCACAUGGGAUAUAGUGCUGCUUUGUUUGGUUGUGUUUGAAUUUGCCCCAGAGGAGGUAGGGCAAGUUUGUUUAAUUAUUUUAUUUAAAGGGAUUUAUUUUGAUUGUAUGGGAAAAUUGUUUUUGUUUAUUUAGAUGCAGAUAAAUUGAGUAAUGCUGUCUGUGUAUUUUGACAGCUGCUGGUGUAGGUAAAUAUAUGGGCUUUGUCUUAUUUUUGUUUUUAAAAGAUGGCAUGAAAUGUUUUAUUUGUAUUUUUUUUGGAAAUGUGUUUUGAUUCAGAUCUGGAUAAAUGCUUGAACAUCAACUGAUCGUUAUAUCGGCUAUCUGCCAAUGAAGCAAAUGAAGAGACUUUAGAGAAAUACUUGGACAAGGUGCUCCAGUACAAUGGAGAAAAAAUGAGGUCAGCCCUGCGAUCCCUUCUGGAAAACACACUCAAGGAAUUCCUGAAAAGAAAAAAGUCCAGUGAGACGUUCCAGUCGGCCAUGUCGGUGAUCCUGAGCUGUGUGAACAGUAUUGUGAUCGGCAGUAGCAAUGCAGCAUUUCGCUCUGCUUGUCUAAAGAGCAUGAAGGUACAGAACACCCAUGAACUGGCUAAAUCCAUGCAGCAAACUCUUCAGAGAGUCAUAAAUGGGCGUUAUACUUCCCGUUCAGGCUGCACAGCUCAGAAGACAGAAGAGGAAGCUGUUUCUGGACAGAAUAAUGCUGAGACUUGUGAAGAGGGACUGCCUGGUAAGAGAGCUCACAGAGAUAAAGAGCAGUCACCAUUAAUCUCUAAGAGACAGUGUCCAGACACCACUGCAGGAGAUUCAAAAGCCUCUACGAGCGUAUUGUGGGAGAAUCUGUCAAGUCCGAUGACGGCCAUGUUUUGUGAAGGACCGGGUGAAGAAAUGUGUUUAGAGGCAACUUCAUCCGGCCUUCCAUGUUGAGAGGGAAUGGCUUCAAGAGCUUGAAAAUCUGACUGAGUGGGAUUAAAGCAAGGAGUUCAGAAGAGCUACCAGCUGCAUUUUAUAUUCAUGUAAUACACUGUUCAACAUGUUUACUGUGUUCCUUUAGGAUAUAAUAGUAUAAAGAACAUUAAAGAACAUGGAAUGAAUUACUCAAGAAUUAGCUGUAGAUUCAGACUUUACCACAAGAUGGCGCCAACACAUCAGCGCCUACUGUAUGUUUUGUAUGGUGGCAUGCCAGUGACUCUGAACUGUUUUUUCUUGUUUAUUAUUUUAUGUUUACAAUAAAAGAUUAUUAAUAAUAAUA